AUGGGAGCGUACUCGGUGACGAUUUUAGAAUUGCUGAUGCCCAAAGCCAAUGCCAACUUCUGGAUGGUAGCUUUAGACUGCCAAAGGCUACUGUUUACUGGUGCAGCUAUUUUUGUGGUUAACAAAGUUAAAAGAAGACCAAUGCUGUUCUUUAUUGGAAUUAUCUGUGCCGGUAGUCAGCUGCUGAUGGGUGCUUACGUAUUCGCGAAGAACAACGAUUACUUACCUUUUGAUUCAUUGUGGAUACCCGGUGUACUUAUCAGCGUGCAAAUGUUGAGUAUAUCCAUGGGAAUGCAGCCGCUGCCUGCAGUGAUAGCUGGUGAGGUAUGUCCUCUGCAACAUAGGAGUCUUGCAGGGGGCAUUGGUUUAACAGCACUCAGUGUGUCUGCUUUUAUUGUGCUUAAGACUUUUCCUGGUCUGAUAUCUGUCGUGGGUCUGGAAGGAACGUUGGCUGUAUACGCUGGGGUUAUAGCUGCGUGCCUAGCGGUGGCAUGGGUGCUGCUACCGGAGACGAGCGGUCGGACGCUGCAGCAGAUCGAGGAGCACUUUAGGGGGACACCACUCUUGAACCCUCAAACUGAUGAGGAGAAACCAUUGACAUAUGCGGUGCAACCCGUUUACUUCUCUAUUCAAAAAUGA